UUCCACUUUCUUUCAUUUCUUUUUGUGAUAUUUUCUCGCUUCCUUCCUCUUUUUAUUUGAAGAAAUAACAGACCGCGUCUUUUCUCUGAUCUCACUUUGAUUUUCCUCUGUUUAAUUCUUCAGUUUGCCUCUUUUAAUCUCGCUCUUGCUUCUUUUGUUUUUUUUUGUUUUUUUGGAUGGGAUUUAUAAAUGUCUCUCAAACUUGAAUGUUGCGCACGCAGCGCGGAUGAAGGAUGGUGGUUCUGGUGCUGGUUCGUGGACAGCUGAUCUUCAUCCACGGAGCUGCUCGUGUGUCUGUUGGAACUGUUGAUCUCAGUUGUGAAUCAGUUUACACACACACACACACACACACACACACACACACCUACCUCAGCAGCCUGUUUCACUGUCGGUCCUCAUGAAGCGGACCAGGAGGAGCUGACAGGUCGGGUUUGUUUCUCUGUCACGUCCUGUUCUGCAUCCCUGAUGUGUGAUCUCAGCAGACUGGCUGUAGCCUCCUUACAGAUGUGAAGCUCAGAUCUGUUCAGCCUGCAGCCUGACUUAGACUAGACUUUGGUUUCUUGGACCUUGCCUGUUUCAUGGACUUUGGAUUUGCUUGUUUGGACUGCCUUUCCAGAUUUUGAACUCAGCCUACUACCUACAUUCGGUCAGCAUCUCUCUGCAUCUCUACCUCCCAAUCAAUCCAUUUAUCAGUCGCUUCAUCCGCUCGUCUCUCCAGCAUGUCGCUGAAGGUCCAGACCAGUAAUGUGACCAACAAGACAGAUCCAAAGUCCAUCAACUCCCGGGUGUUUAUAGGCAACCUGAACACGGCGGUGGUGAAGAAAUCAGAUGUGGAGAGCAUCUUCUCCAAGUAUGGCCGGGUGCUGGGCUGCUCCGUGCACAAGGGCUACGCGUUUGUCCAGUACGCCAGCGAACGGCACGCCAGGGGGGCUGUGAUCGGGGAGAACGGCAGGGUGCUGGCCGGACAGACGCUGGAUAUCAACAUGGCAGGAGAGCCGAGGCCGAACAGACCCAAAGGCCUGAAGCGAUCAGCAGCUUCUCUCUACAGUGGCUACGAGUUUGACUACGAUUACUACAGAGAAGACUUCUAUGACAGGUUGUUUGAGUACCGUGGCCGGGUGUCUCCGGUCCCUCGGGUGGUGCCUGUGAAGCGCCCACGGGUGGCGGUGCCUCUGGUACGACGGGUCAAAUCUCUGCCGGUCAAGCUGCUGGCACGUAACGCCUCUGUCCUCCCCACAAGCAACGGUAACAAACAGAAACCUGUGAAAGGUACAGAGCUUCAGGCGAUCAAGUCAGAGUUGACUCAGAUUAAAGCCAACAUCGAAGCUUUGCUGGGCAGACUGGAGCAGAUCACAGAAGACACACACAUCACCACCACAGAGCUGAGGAAGGCAGAGGAGUGUAAGAGCGAGGAGGCGUGGCAGGAAGACGAGGAGUCGAGCUCAGAGCUGGAGGACGAGGAGGAGCACAGACAGAACAGCGAAGCUGAAGAGGAGGAAGACGAGGAGGAGGAAGAGGAGGAAGAGGAGGAGGGAGAGCACACGCAGGACAACAUCCACGACCAUAUGCCGGAGAACAGUCGCCUAUCAUCAGAGAUGGACUCCCUUCACCCAUGAGAGGUGGUGUGGACUGUGGAGGAAAGAGGCAGACAGAGAGGGAAGGAGAGGCAGAGAGAGGGCUAUGGACAGACCAGAGAACUGGAUAACAGCACAGGAAGGCCAUCAAACAGCAGGGAGCUGGGCACACAUACACUCACACACACACAAAACAGCAGAGAGACAAACUUGACACUUUUGUCAGAGCUACAGGAAGAUACUAAAACAGCAGGGUACUGCCAGAACACAUCAUAAACUGAUGAGUUACACACAGUAACACACACACCCAGAGAGAAUGAAAAGCACACAGCGAUGGAGACAGACUCGACGCUGUGUUAGAGCCACCGGGAGAUAGUAAAAACAGCAGGCUGCCAUCAAAAUGCAUCAUAAACCGACAUCUUUCAUAGACUCUCUCACACACACAGAAGAGCUCUGCAGUCGAUGACAGCCACGUUUGGAAAAGUCAGAUCUCAUCACGUCAUCAUCUGCAGCUUUAGAGGACUUUAAAACAUCACGCUGAACGGGCGACACGCUGAGGCAGAGCUGGUUGUUCAUUGUUGACCUUAGUUAGUGCAAAUCCCUUACACAAUGAAUCCCAAAAGAAAUGUGACAACGCACCGUAGGGCAUCCAGUUUCCAGAUCGCUUAUCCUUGUCAAGGUCACAGAGGGCUGGAGCCGAUCCCAUUGGGUAAGAGGGUGGUACUACCUGGACAAGUCACCAGGUCAUCACAGAACUGACACAUGGAGACAAACAACCGUGCUCACAUUCACACCUGAAGGAAAUAGAGUCUCUAAUUAACCUGCAUGUCUUUGGACUGUGGGAGGAAGCCGGAGAACCUGCAAAUCCACACAGCCGACUGCUAACCACUGCACAAACAUGUAUCAUCAAUAUCAGCAUCACAAUAUGGCAAAUUAAGGCAGAAUCACAGCAAAUCUGGAACAAUUUUCAAAAUAAAAGCCCCAUGCAGACUCUCUACUACAAUCUGAUUAAUCGGAAUAUAAAAACACAACCAAGACAGUCUAUUAGUCAGAGCUCUGCAACUUAGACGCUAAUUUAGAUGAAAGUUUACAGUAAUAUAAGAACAUUUAUUUAAAUUCAGCUCUGUUCUAUCAAGAAUAAAAAACACCAGAUAUCAGACCAAGUGCAUGUAUGAUGAUGAUUUCAGGUAAACAUGUAAACAAAGUAAUUAAACGCAGACAUGAUGACAAACCUCAACCUUUUUGUUCUAAUUAGUUUAGACUAAUAAGUUCUUGGAAAUUAUUAGGAAACUAUUCAGAAAUGAAGGACAUAAAAAGUGUUACCUCAGCGUUAUGCGCCCCAUCCUAAACAUUUCUAUAUGUCUGAAUCGUAAAGUCUACCACCACAAAGCUGUUCCACUCAAAGUUAAAACAGAUGUGACAGUAUUAAAUAAUUACCCUGCUCUGAUGCAGCUUAUUAAAACAACAGGAUGAUUUGUCUUUAAAAGUGUUUUGGAAAUAUGAAUAAUAAUCAUCACAUACAAAUGACUGUACAACCCGAGUAUUAACCAGUUUUAUCACUUCAGUCCUGUAGUUUAUAUCGUUUCUCAACGAUGGGGUCGGCACCCUGGGUGGGGUCACUUAUUAUAAAUAUUAUGAAAAUGUUGAUAAUAAUUUGACAUAACAAACUAGUGUCAUAAUUUUGGGAACUCAACAUGGAGUCUGGGGUUAUAAAAAGCUGAGAGAAAUGUGGUUUUAUGACUAAUUACAGACACAUGUUCAUUAUUUAUGUUAUCACUUGUUAUUGUUUUUCCAAUAAUUACGGUAUACAUUUUGCUGUUUAUAGUGAGUUAUUAAUAAAUAACACAUGGGCUUUUAUUACGCAAAUCAACAGAGAAAAAACUAAUUUUGAAUUAUGAGUUUUUACAAUGCUGAGCCUCAUCCAGUGAACUCACAAACAUGUUGUUGGCUCACAAGUGAAAGUAAGAAUCAGCUGCUGCCAAAAGGACUUUACGAAAAGUGGCAUAUUAUUUAAGUUAUUAUUAACCCUCUUAUCGAUAUGAUAUUGAAUCUGCUGGGUAACUUUGAACUUUGAUACUUUUAAAUGCCUCAAUAUUUGGCACCAAUUCUUGUUGCACACGUGUAAAAAUUGCCUGAAAUCAAAAAAGGUGACCCAAUUUUAUCGUGUUCAAUAGCACAUACAUACAAUAUAUGCAAAAAAAGGACAUUGUUGCCAAGACUGUAAGUAAAUAGAGUGAAUUUACUCUGUGUUCAACUGUGAGACUGCAGUCAAGUCUGCAUGACUUUACAGAGCCUCCUUCAAAAUCUCCAAUACUGCGUUCCCCCUCAUUCCAGAUCCAACAACUCUGAUUUUAGCAGGUCUUGUUUAGCAAACCGUAAAUUUUCAGCCAACUUGUACAUGACUGUUGCCAAAUCAAAAGCUAAAAAUGCAUUAAGAUUGACAGUAACAACCCAUCGUUCAUCGUGACUUGGUCUUUCUGGCGCUUUCUUGAUGAAGAUUGUGAGAUGUGGUUCAAUCUCUGGAAACAAAAGGUCAUCAAAGUCCUCUCCAAAGACUCUCCUUGUCGGUGAAUUGCAAGUGAUGAGCGCUGUUGUUUGUAUCCUGGAAAUAUCAGUUAUCCGUUAAAGUCUAGAAGGAAAACAUUGUCAGGUAUUAUACAUUGUGAUUUGCACCACUCAGUUCAAAUAUUGACUAAAUCCUGAUUGAAUCACUCUUCUCCAGUCCUGCUUUUUAUUUUCUGUUCAUGUUAAAGCCCAUUACUCACGGACUAAAGCUGUUUUUGGGGCCUUCAAGUGCAUAACCUUAUGUAUUGGGUAAAUACAGUAUGAGUAAGCAGUGAGUAAAGGCAAUAUUGAGUUUUAAAGUCCUCAGUUGCCACUGUGUUGUCAUCCCAGUCAAAAAAAAGGUCAAAGUAGAGGAACAGAUGGAAGGAUUUGCUGCUGUUGUUGAUGUGAAUUUGUCCCUGAAUAGAUCUUCUCAAUGCAUUUAUCUUCCUUCUGUCUUGACUCCGUCUUCCCGGUUCAUCCUUCCCUCCUUCUUUUUCUCUUCUUCAAGCUUCUGCAACAUCUAUUCAUCUUUUUUAUACCAUUUCCUGUCUGUCCCCUUCUUCUCUCUCCUGUCUCUUUUUCCUUCCAUAUAUCUAAUUUCUCCGUCCCAUCUCCUUCCUUGUUCCAGUUAUAUCUUUCAUAUAUUAUUCGACCUGUCCUUUCGUUGUCUCUUUGCCCUCGUCUCCCGUCUUGUUUUCCCUCUCAAACCUCUUCACUCCUGUUAAAAUUAAGGUCUUCUGUUUGACGGUGGAUGUACUCACUACGAGCUAAAUCAGACUUUAAUUUCCAGCUGUUCUGUCCAAAGCAAGAAGGUAAUCAAGUGAAUUCCUACAAACUCAGUCCCAGGAGAAGUUAGUAGGAGCCGGUGGAUGGCUGCAUGUCCUGAUUUGGGAGUGAAAACGAGUUACAGCCUACAGAGAUCUGAUAAUAAAACCUGAGGUGGUCGCCCACUGCUCUGUUCUUGGUUUAAUUUGGUGUUAUGAAGUUCACCACUACAGUACAUAGGCCAUAUUGUACAUUCUUGUAUAUACUUCUUAUAAUCCCAUGAAUUAUAAAAUCAUCCGUCACAGCAGAUUUAUCGGUUUAUGUAAAGGUGAGCUUCAUCUUACAAUACAAGUUUGAUUGUGAUCAAACACGAUGGUUUACGUUUGUCUUUGACUUUACUUUUCACUCCUAAAUGAGGAUUUUUUUAAACCAAUCCGAGCUCUUGUUUGAAAGAGGAAAAUGCUGGCGUUCUCUCUCCAAACCUCCUCCUCUUCCUCUCUUUUCUUCACCCCUUCCCUGUUGUUCCUGUCGGAUUUCUACAUGCUAAUGUUGAAUAGUCUUUGCUGUUAUUUUUAAUGACUUGUGCGUACUGUGUGAUGAAGGUGAUGAUGCUGAUUCCUCUGUCUGCACUGAGAGGGUGCCAGAGGCCUAUGUAAAUAAUCCAAAUAAAAAGUUGGAACUUG